AUGCCCCAUGGGGCCCCCCUGAGAAGCGGAAGCGCACCAGCAAAGACGAUCCCCAAGGACCUUCGUGUUCUCUAUGUCGCAGGAGAAAAGCAAAGUGCUCAAGAGACCAACCAUGCGGCACCUGUAUCAAGCUUGGAAAAGUCAAAGCCGGGCAUGCGAGCGGGGGCUAUUGAGACAUUGACUCAGCGUGUAGCGACGCUGGAAAACAUGUUUGUUGGCCAAGGCGUUCUCUGGCAGCAGAUCUGGAACAGCAUAAAGCAACCAAACAACCAGCAGUACGGGCAAACCCCGGAUUCCCAUCCAGAUAUUUCGAUCCAGCAGAUGUCAUCUGAUGUCCGAAGACAUCUCACUGAAUUGCCGUUAUCAGAAAUCUGCCCACAAGUGGUAGUAGAAGGAACACAACAAGAAAGCACAUUCGAUGCAGCAAAUACACACCAGCCGAAAAAUACCCCCAGUCCUCAACACCAAAUUAGCCUGGGUACCCUCCCUCCGGACGAUCUAGUAGACUCCAUGGUCAACAUAUACUUCAAUCAGAUACAUCCUUGGAUACCGAUGUUACAUGAGCCGACAUUUCGAGGGCUGCUCUCUAAUCCUUCGGGAAGAACGCAAGUAUCGACAAUACUGCACGCUAUAGUGUCUCUCUGUAUACGAUUCUCAGAUGAUCCAAGGCUACAGAAUGCUCCAGAACUCCGGGCUCAGUAUUCGACUAGCUGCCGCCAGACAGUCAUACUUGCGAGUAUGGAAUCCUUUUCGGUCGAGAACUUGCAAGCAAUGACUAUCUGUGCCUUUGACAUCAUUGGUAGCGGCAGAGGUCCCUCGGCAUGGUCUAUAGUCGGCAGCAUGUCGAGGACAGUCGAACAACUGCGUCUCAGCAUUGAGGAAGAGGAGACCCAGUCACAUCAGUCCAGGUCAAAGGCUCUAAUAGAGAGGGUGGCAUUUCUCCCCCCGGCUUCAACGUGGGCUGAAGUAGAAGAGCGGCGACGCAUCUUCUGGAAUGUCUUUCUCAUGGACCGCUUCUGCAGUAUCUGUACUGGCUGGAACCUCUCAUUGACCAGUGCUGAUGUCACGAGGAGGCUGCCUUGCGAGGGUACCAUAUGGGAGACUGGGGAACCAAGCCAGACUCCUACUCCGUAUUUUGGAAUCUCAACUCGGUCCCACGACCGCGAGAAGGAUUAUUUGCCAGCCACUCGCGAUACUGAAGAUGGUCAAGCUUCUCUUGGUGGCUUUGCCUUUUGCAUAGAGGCAACGGAGAGUCUGAGCCUUGUCACGUCGUUCUUUCUCCAAUACCGAGUUGAUUUCAAGGAGGUCCACGAAGUUCAGAGGUGGCUUAUGAGAUUUAAGCAGUUGGACUUGCGGCUCGUACAGUGGAAGUUCUUUCUCCCCGAGAAAUGGCGCAAGGCUUGCCAAUUCAACAAUGACGGCAACUUGGAUCCCAAUCUAGUCCUUGCGCAUAUAGCACACAAUACUGCUGUUGUCCUCCUACACCAGGGCUUAGCUUAUCCACCAGCAGAAUGGCAAUCCCUUCCUGUCAGACUGCCGUCAUCUUCUAGCGCAGAAACCUGUCAGGUCGCGGCUGACGAGGUUGCCACGAUCGCAGAGCAGUUCCUUGGUCACUCAUAUGUACUCAUCAGUCCGCAGUUUUCUUUUUGUCUUUUCGUGUGCGGAAAGAUGCUGCUGACCCACGCCGCAUAUUACCAGUCCACUCUCACUUCAUCUUUUGACUCCAUCAUAGCGAGCCUCGAGGAGAUAUCUCGUAGGUGGAAUGGGGAACAACCUCCAGCACGAGCAAACUUGGCUUCUAAAUUCUGCUCGCGCCUCAAGAAGGCUCGUAUCGAAGGCUCCGGGGCGGUUGAUAUCCGGGAAGCGUUUUCCGAGAAGCAGGAUGGUGUUGCAUCGUCGAGGAGUGCGCAUGUCAACUUUCGUAACACAGGGCCUCAAAGGAUGAGCAAUUCAACUGAAGCAACAGUCCCAGGCGCAUUAAAUGGAGAAAUUGGGAUCAAUGGCACUCAGACGGAGUCGCCCGAGAGCAUUUCUCUAGCUUUCCCGCCACUUCCAAUGUCAUUUCAGCUGGGUAGCGCUACUCACGAUUCAAUAUUUGUCGCGCCAGCAAAGACGAGUAAUGACAUGGGAGAAGUGGUUGGAACGGAUAUGAAUAUGGCAGGGAAUUGCCUCGACUUGUACAAUCUCUCAGAGCAAACAUUUCUUCCAUCAGAACGUGUUAGUAUGCUGAGUCGCUCGUACAUUGGAGACUGA